AUGGGCAACGGUUCUUCUAGCAGCACUGCAGCACCAGUAGCUCCGGCACGCCAGGGCGGAAGUGCGAGCGAUCCAGGUUUCAAGUUUUUGAUUUGUGGGAUUGAGAAUGCACUGGCAGUGGCGACGCGCGACGUGAUCGGGGAUCUUGGAAACAAUCACUCUAAUGAUGAACAUGAAUUUUUUUCGACGCGGCAGUUUUCCCAUAGUCUCAUGGGCAUUUUAGAGGGAAUCUUUUCCUGGCCUCCAGCAGAUGAACAUCAAGCAGCGUUGUCCACCGGCGCUGAGGCUAAACCUCGGCUGACUCUGCAUUUUUUUUCCGUGUGUGGUGGGGCGAAAAUCUACCCGCUGUGGCAGCACUGUCACAUGGACGAGCCGGCCGACGGGCUUCUGUACAUCUACCCGGGCGGCCACGCAGGGACGCGGUGCUCAAAGUACAGCUGGUUUACGAAACCGGAAAAGAGGGAACAAGAGCCGCUCAUGACACACCCCGUGAAGUACCUGCGCUACCAUCUCGGCGAACAGGUGCGCGAUGGCGGGAAUCCCGACUCGCAGGUAGUAAGCCUCCUACGUGAGGACGUCAAGGGGAGGACGUCUGCCGAGACGACAGAGGAGCAAAAGGACUACAACGACAGGAUACGAACGAUGCCGGUUUUGCUUUACGUCGAGCUCAGCAGGGCCGUAUUAGUGGAAAUGGCCCUUCGAGAACAUGAGGAGGAACAACCAAGCCGUGAUGCAGCAGCGAAAGUGCAGCCCGAAGCAGAUCAGCAAGAGGUGCUGCUAGAUAAACUUGCCCAGGCUGAGGCGGCUCGCAUCGCAACGGAAAAUGGGCUUCAGGAGAUUGUGGCAUCUAGCGGGCGAGCGUGGGUUCUCAUGCCACUGGUUUUAGAAGACCCCGGGCGCAAUUACAAAGCGAGUGCGCAGAUAAAGACUGGGAUUGACUGGCUCGUGAAGACGGCUGAAACAAGAAGAAGAUAG